AUUAAUUUUUUCAAAUCUGUUUCCCUUUCUAGAUCUCUCUUGGAUAUUAAUUGGAGCCCACCAGCAUCAUGCCUGAGCAAAGCAAUGAUUACCGCGUGGCUGUGUUUGGGGCAGGGGGCGUCGGAAAGAGCUCCCUGGUCUUGAGGUUUGUGAAAGGCACGUUCCGAGAGAGCUACAUCCCCACAGUGGAAGACACCUACCGGCAGGUGAUCAGCUGUGACAAGAGCAUUUGCACGCUGCAGAUCACAGAUACCACAGGCAGCCACCAGUUCCCUGCCAUGCAGCGACUGUCCAUCUCCAAGGGACAUGCCUUCAUCCUGGUGUACUCCAUCACCAGCCGGCAGUCCUUGGAGGAACUCAAGCCCAUCUACGAACAGAUCUGCGAGAUCAAAGGGGAUGUGGAGAGCAUCCCCAUCAUGCUGGUGGGGAACAAGUGUGACGAGAGCCCCAAUCGCGAGGUGGAGAGCAGCGAAGCGGAGGCCCUGGCCCGCAAGUGGAAGUGUGCUUUCAUGGAGACCUCGGCCAAGCUCAACCACAACGUGAAGGAGCUCUUCCAGGAGCUGCUCAACCUGGAGAAGCGCAGGACCGUGAGCCUCCAGAUCGACGGCAAGAAGAGCAAGCAGCAGAAGAGGAAAGAGAAGCUCAAGGGCAAAUGCGUCGUCAUGUGAAGG